AUGACCGAAAACCGUGAGGAGACGCGAACAACGAGCGCGAGCGAGCUAGAUGCCGCUAUACUAAAUGCCUUGUUCGAAAAAAUUAAUGCUUUAGAAGCUAGAAUCGGGAAUAGUGUAGACGCAUUCCAGGAAAAAACAAAUACGGAACCAGAGUCAGUGGUAGGUAAUAUUGCCACAAAACAACGACAGGCUGACGAUGCCGUAAUUCUUGCGAAACGCGACACAGUACCGGAAUGUGAGUGGACGAUAAGAAUGCCUAAAGGAGGCUGGUUACAAAAUCCGUUUCAAGAUAUCACGUAUUCAGAAAUCGAAAAUUCACAAAAUGUGACAAGAUCAAACACGUCGAGACAAGGUCCGACAAGCUUAAAUAACAGGGGUAGAAACAAUUCGAGCACGUUUUCAAAUAAUUUAGGCGCGAAAAGAGAUAAUUUUAACGCGAUAAAUCGUGAUAGGGCGUACGCGUAUAAUAAGCCACAAUUCUCGUACAGAGAGAGUAGAAAUGCGUUACCUCAACUGCGAGGCGGUUCGUACAAACAAACCCCAGGAAAGUUCGUCGAAGGUAAGUCUGCGCCAAAACAAUUCGAUGCAGCCUGGCGAGCAAACAACCCUCGUGGAUUGCCGAGAUAUGGCAGGGUCGGAGGACAGCAGAUACCACGACCAGUUGAGCGAUACAAUAGUUAUAGAUAUCCUGGUGUUACGAUAACAGAAGUCACCAGUGACAAUGAGAGCGACGCGACACCGCGAAACAAUUCCGCAUAUAGUAGGACUGAUUUCAAUUCGGACAGCAAGCGACGUUAUUCUUAUGACGGACGUGACAGACUUCCGAAGACAGUACCAAAGAGCAUGUCGUCAGAAACAUUUUCAAGCAUUUUGAACACAAAGUACGUUAGUACAGCGUCCUUUGUCGUUGAGAAAAGACGUAAGCUGUGCGUGGAAACGCGGCGACGGAGCAACGUGACGAAACGACGACCGCCGAACAGAUAUGAAGCAGAGGAAGAUUCGGCCGGUGUCAGCGCUUCGGCAAAGAAAUUGAAAGUGGAUACUGACGAUAUCGAUAUACAAAGUGAAUUUGGUUACCGAAUUAUAAACUUUUUUGCCGUUUUCUCUGCCAUUUCGGAAUAUGUGAAGUGCAAAACAUGCAACUCUGAUAUACGAUUUCUCGAAUCAGGUACGCGGGGUUUAGGCUUCAAAAUAACCGUCUGUUGCCCGAAUUGUCCAAAAGUUGAAAUCCCGAGUUGUCCAUUCAUACGAAAUGGAUAUGAAAUUAACCGUAGGAUUGUACUAACAAUGCGACUAUUAGGAGUGGGACUAGCUGGAAUAAUGAAAUUCUGCGCAUUUAUGGAAUUGCCACGGCCUAUAUUUCAAAGUUGUUACGACCGUGCAGUAAAUAUGAUUUUGAUCGCAACGAAAGCCGUGCGAGACUGUAGUAUGAAAAAGGCAGCAGAAGAUGAGAAGAAGAAAAGUGAAGAAAAUGGAUUGCAUACAGGAAUAACUGUAUCUGGCGAUGGUUCCUGGAGAAAACGAGGAUUUUCGUCUCUUUUCGGGAUCACAUCAUUGAUCGGAUGGUUUACAGGGAAAAUUGUUGACAUUGAAGUGAAAUCGAAAUACUGUAAAGCUUGCGAGCACUGGAAAAAUAAAUUAGAUACUGCUGAGUAUGAAGAAUGGCUCGAAACUCAUGCCGAUCAAUGUCAGUCGAACCAUGAAGGCUCAUCAGGUAAAAUGGAGGUAGAUGCUGUCAUCGAGAUGUUUCAACGUUCCGAAGCUUUACACGGACUUAAAUACGCAAAUUAUAUAGGUGAUGGUGACAGUAAAACUUUCAAGGGCAUAUUGGAAGCAAAACCGUAUGAAAAUUUUGAAGUAUCAAAAAAAGAAUGUAUUGAUCAUGUACAAAAACGAAUGGGCACUCGGUUGAGAAAUUUGAGAAAAAAAACAAAAAAUCUUGGUGGAAAAGGAAAAUUAACUAUGAAAUUAAUUGAUCAGUUAACAAUUUAUUAUGGCUUGGCCAUUCGACGGAAUUCAAACUCGUUGGAAAAUAUGAAAAAUGAAAUCUGGGCGACAUUAUUUCAUAAAAUGUCAACUGACGAAAAUCCACAGCACGAAAAAUGCUCAGAGUCUUGGUGCGAAUGGAAGAAGGCGCAAGCAACGGGUUCCUUAGACUCCUUUCAUCAUAAGCCGGCACUAUCGAACGAAGUUUUUGAAGCCAUCAGACCAAUCUACGAGGAUUUGAGCCGUGACGAGUUGCUGAAUCGUUGCUUGGGAGGCUAUACGCAGAACAGCAACGAAAGUUUCAAUUCUACAGUCUGGCACUUGGCUCCUAAAAAUUAUUCAAGCGGAAAGAAAAUAUUAGAAAUAGCAAGUGACAUUGCUGUUUGUAAUUUUAAUGAUGGACUGAUAAACGUCUUAAGAAUUAUGAAAGUGAUGGACAUGAACAUUGGACCACAAUCCUACAACUUCUGCUUAGAGUCGGACACUGCUCGAAUACAACGCGCGGAGCGCUCUUUGACGGACGCAGCGAAAGAGGCUCGCUCCAGCAUAAAAGCGUCCAGGAAAGAAAACGAGGAGGAGUUUUGCAACUUGGAAGGUCAGCUUUACGGUGCUGGAAUAGCAGAUUAA